AUGUUCAAACUAAUACCGCUUCAGCCUCUAAGGCGCAUACUUCCCAAAUGUACUGCUUCACCCACGUGCACAUUCAUACGUUCCUUAGUACAUUCUAAGGAGACCAAGACUCAACUUCAACGAGAAAAGGAUAAGCAAAAGAAGCGUAAAUUGAGACAAGAGUUAAAAUUCAAAUCAUUGGAAAACCCCAUUGAUCAUCCCUUACAUAUGCCAAUUGCUGAAGCUCUCAAUACUAUCAGGUCAUUUGAAGUGGGCAAACCAGCCGAAAAGACGACAAUUACUUGUAAUUUGUAUGUGCGUCAAGAACAAGGUGCUGCUCCCCUAAAUGGAACUGUUGAUAUACCAUUCCCCAUAAACAAGAAAACCAAACCACUUGUAUUUACGACUCAUCACUCGAUAAUUGAAGAGUUGCUGUCAUUGGUUGAUCCACAGUUUUUAGGAGGUAAGGAGUUGAUUGAUAAAUUUGUUAACCAAGAGUUGUUGCCUAAUGAUUUCACUCAUGUUUUUGCAACUAGUGAAAUGGAGAGUCAGUUGAGAGCAGUUGCAAGGAUAUUGGGUCCUGCUGGAUUACAGCCUACAAAGAAGAAGGGCACUGUCACCGAUGACCCUCAAGCUAUUGCAAAUAUCUUGAGAUCGUAUCAGAUUAAACAAAAAGAUUCACAUAUAACGUUUACUGUUGGAAAUGCUACAUUUAGUGAUUUUCAAAUCAUGUCGAACUUGAAGGCAGUAAGUGAUGUCAUUUUUUCACAAAUUGAUCCAAAUGCUUCGAAAAAGACUAGGUUGGGCUACUGCUUCAUUUCAUCGGCAAAUAGUCCAGGGUUAGUUAUCGAUUUUAAACAGGACUAG